ACAAAACCAAAAUACACCAAGGACAAGUCACUCAUACUAAAAGGUGGAAGAAUAAUACAAACCACACUCACACCAGGCAGGCAGGCAGGCAGGCAGGCAUGUGUCACGGAGGAGGAACCGUGAACAUUUCGGAAAGAAAACUGCCAACAGAGAGGGAAAAAUAAAAGGUCAAGAGGUGAAAUCCUGAAGUCUUCCUUUUGGUCAGGUUGAUGCUGUAUCAGCAGUUUCCAAAUACCAUCAGGGCGCGUAGAAGCCUGGAGGAGCAAACAUCACACAUCAUGUUUGUAUUGCAAAUAUUCCAGUAGAUACUACAUUUACAGAAACACUGAAGCCUACAGAAGCAUCUGUCGCCUGACUGAGUCUAUACUGAGAGAUUAACUACAAAGAGUGGAGUCCGAUCGAACAGCGGCGUCUCUUCCCUCUUCCCCGGAUCCUUUUAAAACUCCCUCCCGAACCUCUCCCCUUCCACCCUUGCCACCCUACCCACCCCCUGAACACACUUCAAGGGACGGCUCGGACAUUCAACCAGUGACCAAAGACCCACUUUGUUGGCCAGUUUAAAUCGUGGAUUCAGCAGCAGAAAUGGACUCAAGCCUGGUUGAAGGAGGACUUAAUGUCACCUUAACCAUCAGGCUACUCAUGCAUGGGAAGGAGGUUGGAAGCAUCAUUGGCAAGAAAGGAGAGUCUGUUAAGAAGAUGAGAGAGGAGAGUGGUGCUCGCAUCAACAUCUCAGAGGGGAACUGUCCGGAGAGGAUCAUAACCCUCGCAGGACCCACCACCUCGAUUUUUAAAGCCUUCUCCAUGAUCAUUGAGAAACUGGAGGAGGACAUCAGUACCUCAAUGACUAACAGUACAGCCACCAGCAAACCACCGGUCACCAUGCGCCUCGUCGUGCCUGCCAGUCAGUGUGGCUCACUCAUCGGCAAGGGUGGCUGCAAGAUCAAGGAAAUCAGAGAGUCUGCUGGAGCUCAGGUACAAGUAGCAGGGGACAUGUUGCCCAAUUCAACAGAGCGUGCCAUCACCGUUGCAGGGACCCCACAGUCCAUUAUUGAGUGUGUCAAGCAGAUCUGCGUCGUCAUGCUUGAGUCUCCACCAAAGGGAGUGACCAUCCCGUACAGACCCAAACCCUCAGGCUCUCCUGUCAUCUUUGCAGGUGGUCAGGCAUACGCUGUCCAAGGGCAGCACGCCAUUCCACAGCCUGAUGUAAGUGAAGGGCCCUCUCUCACCAAACUUCACCAGCUGGCCAUGCAGCAGAGCCCCUUUCCCAUUGCACAUAGCAACCAGGGCUUCCAGGCUGGGAUGGACGCCUCUGCACAAACUGGCUCUCAUGAGCUGACCAUUCCAAACGAUCUCAUUGGCUGCAUCAUUGGCCGUCAGGGUGCAAAGAUCAAUGAGAUCCGUCAGAUGUCAGGGGCUCAGAUCAAGAUUGCCAACCCUGUGGAGGGCUCCACUGACAGGCAGGUCACCAUAACUGGGUCCCAUGCCAGUAUCAGCCUGGCUGAAUACCUGAUCAAUGCCAGGCUCUCAUCUGAAGCUACCGGACUCGCAGCCAACUGACACGGAGGAUCUUCAUCAGCACCUAACGUAACCCCUCCCCCUACUUUUUACCAAGAGGUCCCUUAUUGAACUUAAUGCAAAAACCAAGUACUAUAAACUCACUGUUUUCUCCUCUUCUUUGGUUAGACACCUACUCAGUUGUAAUUACACCAUCAUGAUAUUGGUAUUUUAUUUAUUUAUUAUGUUUUUAAAUUCAAUUUGCAUAUAGUUUUUAAAGACUUCCUUCUGUUGUAUUUUUUCCUCUUAUUUUACUGUAUAUCUGUAUGAACUUCUUGAUAUAGGUAAAACGUUUUAGAAAAAUCUGAAAAGGCAUAAAUAAUGUUUUUCUUAUGUCAGAUUUUUCUUAGAAAAUGUAAAAAAAUGAAGAAAAAAAGACACAAUAACAUUAUAGAUGGACUGUUCUUUCCCUUUUUAAAUAUCUAUUUAUUUUUAUUUAAUACACAGCUCCGUGUAAGAGUAGAAUUCAUUGAUAUUUGCCAUCUUCUAUUUGAAGCUGUACUUCCUGAAAGAGGCAUUGUGGGUUUAACGGGUUUCAGUGGGUGUAAAUGAUCUCCAGGUGACGAUGUAUGCAGGAAAAUGUUUAAGUCUGAAGGUAAUUUAUCCCUCGUUGAGUGCAGGUUCAAAGGAGAAUUUUAAGCUACGUUUUGUCUCACCUCUAAUUUGCUGAGUAAUUGUUUUGUGUCAUUCCUGUGUUUCCAUCCGUUUUAUUUCUCGAUCAGGACUUUUGAGCUUUGUUGUGUAUUGGAUUCUGAUAAGGGUGGGUGGGCCUUGGUCACCAGGUGUGGGCCUGAAUGAGAGGAAAAUAUUUUCUUUUCUCUGAAAUUACUAAGACCAUAGUAAUGACGAUGAUGAUGAUGAUGAUAAUAAUAACAUUGAAAUGUUUGUUUUAAAUAGAGAAAAUAUUUUUUUUAACUGCAGGGCUGGGGAAUGCUGCAAGGGGCAAAACUACAAGACAUAUUUGUCUUUAUAAGUAUAUUAUUCUGAGGUAUUAAAUUAUGAUUAACUAGAAGGAGAAUUAUAGAAUUAACACUAGUUUCCUGCUAUCCUUUUUUUGCCUGGGUCAGAUUUUAUUUUUUAUUAUUCUUUGCAGGAUGAAGAAACUCACGUUUUUGUGCACGUUUUCAAACUAUUGUAGAUCUGGGUGCAAUUAAAUUGUUGAAGAAAUGAAAUGCAGAAAUAAAAAAAGAUGUGAAAUGCUUAAACAA